UGAAUAAAAAGCGUGUUUGAAGGGAGUGCAAGAAAUGGUAAAGUCGCUAGCGCCGAACAACGCCAUCAGUAAUAAAAUAAGCGGAGAAAUAAAUACGAUAAUAUUAUAAAAAAUAAAUAAAUAUACGACGUUAUAUAUGUAUUUGUGUGAAUAAGUAUAAGAUAGAUAAUGUAAGCCUACGCACAUACGGACAGACAUACAUCAUAGAUACAGAAAGUAUCUCUAUCCGUAGAGAGAGAAAAUCAGAAUCCUCCAUUGUUUUUUCAUUUAUUAUUAUUUUUUGUACUAAUCGAUGAUGAUGAUGUAUAUAUGCACACUCUUGAAAAAUGGUUGAAUCUGAAUCCGACGUACAGCUGCUGCUCCGAUCUUCUUCCAAUUCCCAGACCUAAAUCGGGCGGUGUUUUGAUUCUUUCGAUGAAGUGAAAAUAAUUUGGGGAGGAGGAGGAAGGGAGGCGUGGAAGAAUCACUUGUUUUUUUCUUUGUAUUCUGAUUGUGUUUCCUUUGCUGUUGAUUUGUUUCUAUUGGCGACAAUAAUGAACGGAGAGGACGGUGGAGAGUCGUCGUCAGCUGCGGCUGGUGCCCCUGCGCCGCUCGAGUGGAGAUUCUCGCAGGUUUUCGGUGAGCGGACGGCCGGAGAGGAAGUGCAGGAAGUUGAUAUAAUCUCUGCGAUUGAGUUUGACAAAACUGGCGAUCACCUAGCAACUGGCGACCGUGGUGGAAGGGUGGUGUUGUUUGAGAGGACUGAUACAAAGGAGCAUGGUAGAAACAGGAGGGAACUAGAGAGGAUGGACUAUCCGGUUAUUCGCCAUCCAGAAUUUCGUUACAAGACUGAAUUUCAGAGCCAUGAGCCUGAGUUUGAUUAUCUCAAGAGUUUGGAGAUCGAGGAGAAAAUCAACAAGAUUCGAUGGUGCCAGCCAGCUAAUGGUGCACUAUUUCUUCUGUCUACUAAUGAUAAAACCAUUAAAUUUUGGAAGGUUCAAGAGAAGAAAAUCAAGAAAGUCGCUGAUAUGAAUGCAGAUUCAUUUAAGUCUACUGGAAAUGGAAAUAUUGCCAGUAGUAGCGUUUCAUCCAGUCCUAAGCCAUUUCUUGCCAAUGGUAGUUAUCCAGAAAGAUCCUACAACAGUUUGAGCAACGACAUAUCUUUUCCACCUGGAGGCAUCCCAUCGUUGCGUUUACCAGUGGUCACAAGCAGUGAGACUAGCCUUCUUGCAAGAUGUAGGAGAGUAUAUGCUCAUGCUCAUGAUUACCAUAUUAACUCCAUCUCAAAUAACAGUGAUGGGGAAACAUUUAUAUCAGCUGAUGAUCUACGAAUAAAUCUUUGGAACUUGGAAAUAAGCAAUCAAAGUUUCAAUAUCGUUGAUGUAAAGCCAACAAAUAUGGAGGAUCUUACUGAGGUUAUAACAUCAGCAGAGUUUCAUCCCAGUCACUGCAACAUGUUAGGGUAUAGUAGUUCAAAAGGUUCAAUUCGUCUUAUUGAUUUGCGGCAAUCUGCACUGUGUGAUUCACAUUCAAAACUAUUUGAGGAACAAGAGGCACCUGGCUCAAGAUCCUUUUUCACUGAGAUAAUUGCUUCGAUUUCAGAUAUUAAGUUUUCAAAGGACGGCAGAUAUAUACUGAGUCGUGAUUACAUGACUCUUAAGUUAUGGGAUAUCAAUAUGGAUUCUCGGCCAGUGUCGACCUUCCAGGUUCACGAGUAUUUGAGACCAAAGCUGUGUGACCUGUAUGAAAAUGACUCCAUUUUCGACAAAUUCGAGUGCUGCUUAAGUGGCGACGGCCAGCGAGUCGCUACAGGUUCUUAUAGCAAUUUGUUCCGCGUGUUUGGUUGCUCUCCCGGAAGCACUGAAGCCACAACAUUGGAAGCAAGCAAAAAUCCAAUGAGGAGGCAAGUCCAAACCCCGUCAAGGCCAUCAAGAUCACUUAGCACCAGCAUCUCUCGCGUCGUCCGAAGAGGUGCUGAUAAUCCCGGAGUUGAAGCCAACGGGAACUCAUUCGACUUCACUACAAAGCUCCUCCACCUCGCCUGGCACCCGUCUGAAAACUCCAUCGCUUGCGCUGCUGCAAACAGCUUGUACAUGUACUAUGCAUAAAAUCAACAAGCAUCCCCGCAUAGAACUCACCGGAGACCCAAUCAAUGCGGCAUUGUACCUGAGACCAGAUCAGACGGCGGCGGCGGCAGCCGCCCAUCACCACCAGCACCAGCACCAGCACCACCACCGUUGUUAUUUGUUUUUAGAAUUUUUAACGGGCUUGGGUAGAAGUGAGGAAGGUAUGUGAUGGUAACUGAAGAUGUCUUAUAUAUUGCCCUUAGUGUUCUUUUUUAUUUUUAUAUUUUUUUGGUUAAGGUAAAAUGGAGUUCUUAGCUAUCAUAUCUACUGUGAGAUAAAAAGUUUCAGGGCUGGUAUUAACUUCCAUGCCCUCUUUGUAGGACCAGAGAGGAUAUGAUGAUGAUAAAUGAUGAUGAUGAUUUUGGUC